AUGCAAGUCUUCUCCUUCUUUUUCUCUUUGAUUCUCUGUUUCACUCUGAUCUCCUCUGAAUCCCUUAAAAACGACAAGCGAGCUUUGCUUGAUUUCUUGUCACAUUUCACUUUACCUCUUCACCGCUGGAACCAGAGCUCUCCGACUUGCCAUCAGUGGACCGGAGUUACCUGCAGACAAAACAGAAUCGUAUCCGUUAGAUUGCCUGGAGUUGGACUCAACGGUUUGAUCCAACCACUCACCAUCACUCGUCUCUCGUCUCUGAAGAUUCUAAGCCUUAGAAGUAAUCAACUCACCGGAGAGCUCCCUUGUGAUUUCAUUAACCUGAAGAACCUGACUCGUCUCUAUCUACAACACAACCGCCUCUCCGGUCCAUUACCACCGAUCUUCUCAGAGUUAAAGAAUCUCAAAGUUCUUGAUCUUUCUAACAAUGGAUUCAACGGAAGCAUCCCAUCCUCUCUUUCAGGUUUGACCAGACUUAGAGUCUUGAACCUUGCAAACAACUCAUUCUCAGGGGAGAUUCCUGACCUUGAUCUUCCAAACCUGCGUCAUAUCAACCUCUCAAACAAUAAACUCACCGGCACAAUACCAAAAUCUCUUCAGAGAUUCCAAGAUUCAGCCUUUUCUGGUAACAACGUAACCCGAAAGGAGAAUCAUCACAAGUCUCCUUUCGGGUUAAGCCAGCUUGCUUUCUUGCUCAUUCUCUCUGCAGCUUGUGUUUUGGGUGUUUCUGGUCUUUCCUGUAUAAUAAUGGCAACUUGUCUCUGGAAGACCAGAAUCUAUGGGAAGUUGCGGAAGAGAGACUCCUCCUCGUCAUUGUCUUCUCCUCUAGGAAACUGGACACCUAGAGAUGAUGACGCUGAAGAAGGUGGGAAGAUCAUCUUCUUUGGGGGAAGAAACCAUUUGUUUGAUUUAGAUGAUCUGCUAAGCUCAUCUGCAGAGGUUUUGGGUAAAGGUGCUUUUGGUACAACGUAUAAGGUAACAAUGGAAGACAUGAGCGCGGUUGUAGUGAAGCGAUUGAAAGAAGUAGUGGUGGGAAGAAGAGAGUUUGAAGAACAAAUGGAGAUCACUGGAAUGAUCAGACAUGAGAAUGUAGCUGAGUUAAAAGCUUACUACUAUUCCAAAGACGAUAAACUCGCUGUCUACAGCUAUUAUAGUCAAGGAAGCCUCUUCGAGAUGCUACACGGAAACAGAGAAACGUAUGAUCGAGUACCUUUGGAUUGGGAUACUAGACUGAGAAUAGCAACAGGAGCAGCGAGAGGUUUAGCUACAAUCCACGAAAGGGACAACGGGAAGUUCAUACAUGGGAACAUCAAAUCCUCAAACAUCUUCUUAGACUCACAAUGUUACGGCUGCAUUGGUGAUGUUGGGUUAACAACCAUCAUGAGAUCUCUUCCCACUUGUGGUUACCACGCACCUGAAAUAACAGACACGAGAAGAAGCACGCAGAGUUCGGAUGUAUACAGCUUUGGGGUGGUUUUACUGGAGCUUUUGUCAGGGAAGUCACCUGCAAGUCCAGCUGUUUCAGAGACAAAAGAUGGUGGGAACAUGGAUUUGGCAAGCUGGAUAAGGAAUGUGGUGGUGGAAGAGUGGACAGGGGAAGUGUUUGACAUGGAGAUUUUGAAUGAAUCGGGUGGUUUUAAGGAAGAGAUGGUCGAGAUGAUGCAAAUAGGGUUGGCUUGUGUUGCAGUGAAGCAACAAGAACGGCCUCACAUGGAUCAAGUUGUGAAAAUGAUUCAAGAUAUUCGAUCAACUGAUUUAUCAGAGUAA